AUGAGCAGUGCACAGAGGAGAAAACUGGCGGAUAUUAGCAAUUUUGAGGGUCAAGCAGAGCAAAUGAACAGAGAAGAGACGCAGCAGCAGCAGCAGCAAAAUAUGCUCUUCUCUUCUAAAGAAUAUGCUGAGAAGCUUCAAAAGGCAUUGUCUUUUCAAUUUGAUUGUGAGAACAUGACAUUGAUGAAAGCUCUAGCACACAGAAAUAAAAUUAUUGAGGUGAGUGGUGUUGAGUUUCAGAAACUGAGGAUUAACUUACGGAAUGUGCAGGAAAAGAAUUUGCAGCUUGCACAGGCAAACAGUCAGAUGUUAGCGGAACUCAAUACAAACAGAGACAGGCUCAAGCUACUUCAGCAUGAACUUGUCUGCAAGAAUGUAUUACUCGAAGCCAAGAAAAUGCGGACUGAGGCAAGCUACUUCAUUGUUCUGUAUGUUUACGCUGACUGUUUUCCAUCAAACGUUUCUGAUGGGCAUUGUCAACCUUUUCAGGCGCAUGACAUGAAUCUCAAAGAUAACAAGAGAAAGCGAACGUCAAGGAUAAAACCCUCAGAAAGCUCCAUCGCUAAGCCAAUACAUGUUGAUGAGAACGCCAACAGUAAAAGGAGAGUUUCUGGAGUCAUAGGUACUACUGUUAUCCCCGAAGUAACCUGUCAGACUGAAGAUGACACUGAAAAGGGGGGUUUCUCUCAAGGAGCAAACCAAAUUGCUGACACUAUUGUCAACAAGAAGUUUGUUCUGGAUGCAGCUAACCCGGUAAAAGACAGUGUGCAAAGCAAGAGGCAAUGUGUACGAAGGAAAUCUACCAGAUUUGAUGUUCAAGAAACUGAACAAACGGAUACAGUGCUUGAGAUGGAUGAUGCCAACGGAACUAAAGAAACCGCAAGCAGGAUUUGUUUGAAAAGACGGUCUGCUCGGUUAAGGCCCGAAGAAGCUGAACCAUGUAAAAGCUUCCAUGAGAGAGACGAUCUCAAGGAGGCAAUCAAGGGAAGAAGAGUCUCUUCAAAACAACAGCCCUCAAGGUUUGAUUUCCAAGAACCAGAAGCGACGGGAACCUUGAAUGCUGCUGAUGCAGGGAGAGUUUCUGGAGUCAGAAAUACUACUGUUACUCCGGAAGUAACCUGUGUCAGACUGAAGAUGACACUGAAAAAGAGGUUGUCUCUCAAGGGACAAACCAAAUUGUUGACAAUAUUGUCAAUAAGAAAAUUGUUCUUGAUGCAGCUAACCCGGCAGUGUGUGGGAAGGAAAUCUACCAGGUUUGAUGUGCAAGUAGCUGAACAAACAGAAACAGUGCUUGGGAUGGAGGAUGCCAAAGAAACUAAAGAAACCGCAAGCAGGCUUUCUUUGAGAAGAGGGUCAGCUCGGUUAAGGCCCAAAGAAGCUGAACCAUGUAAAAACUUCCAUGAGAGAGACGAAGUCAAGGAGACGAUCAAGAGUAGAAGAGUCUCUUCAAAACAACAGUCUGCAACGUUUGAUUUCCAAGAACCGGAAGUGACUGAAACCUUGAGUGCUGUUGAUGCAAGGGUCACAGCGAGAAGGCAAUCAACAAAGGGUAAAUCUAAAACAGGUUCAGAAACUAGUGGAGCCAUCAAAGAGUGCGAUCUUUUAUCAUCGACGGUUUCUCAGGAGGACAUUAAAAGAGAAUCAAAGAACAAGCCUAAACUUGAGGAAACCGGAGGAAUGAUGAGAAGAACAUCUAUGAGAAGAACAUCAAGACAUGCAGCAGAGAAAGUCCAAUCAUACAGAGAAGUCUCACUUAAAGUGAAGUUGCGGCGAGACUGCUGA